AUGAAAUUUGAUACAACAUUUGGAAGAGUCUUCAAUGUUUUCAACAUAGCUGCCAGCUAUUCAAUCGUUUCAAGUUAUAUGCUUAAUGAUAAGAUGAGCACUAAUCCUACUGACGACCACAAAUUUGUUUCUCCCAUCGCUAGGCCUACCACUCCUCCAAAAAUGAAUGAGUCCUCGGAGAACCAUACAGCAGAAGCAAAAGCUGUCGCCGCUGCGAAAAAAGAGACACCAAUCGCUGUACGCACUCGUCGUCAUUUUCAACAAGAACUGCAUAUGAGCUCACCUUCUGAUGCGCAAUUAUCUCCAUGUACCACGAAAUUGUUUGGGAAAGGAGGAAAAAAGGUGGGUUUGGGAAUUCACUUGCAUUGA